GUAAAUUUCUACUACACCCUACUUUAAUACAUUACAACCCAACCACAUUACUACGUACUUACUACCCCAAUCUGCACACUUCAUCCAUUGCACUGCAGCCCAUCCAAACUAAACCAAACCCUGACCUAUCACAGUCCCCCAAACACCUCACCAUCAUCCACCAGCAACCCAGCACUGCUACCACCACUUCAUACAAAAAGACAAACCCAAGGAAAAAAGAAAUAAUGUCCAAACGCUCACGAAGCACAUCCCCAUCCCCAUCCCCAUCACCACCCUCACCUUCCCCAUCACUACAUUCCUCCUCACCCACCCGUCCCAAAAUCCCCUCGCUAGAUCCCACAGCCACAUCCCCCAACCAAGAAGUCAUGCACUGCUCGCUACCGCCCCAUCGGGAAACCAUCUCGUUUACAUCCUACGAAGACUACGAGGUGCAUUACCGUCAGGCACACGUGAAUCGGUGCUCGCAGUGUGGGAAGAAUUUCCCGACGGAGAGGUUUCUGAAUCUUCAUAUUGAGGAGAAUCAUGAUGCGUUGGUGGCGACGAGGAGGGAGAGGGGGGAGAAGACUUACGCAUGCUUCGUCGAAGGCUGCGAACGCGUAUGCUCUACGCCUCAGAAACGUAGAAUGCAUUUGAUUGAUAAGCAUGAGUUUUUGAAGACAUACAACUUCUACAUCGUAAACGACGGCAUCGACAAGCAGACCUCUCUACUGAGGACACCGCAUGACCAUCGUCGGCGGUUAUCAUCAGCUGCUAUGGGCCCUACUUCGCCGAAGGAAGGGCGGUUACGGUAUCGUCAGACUUCCAUAUCUCAGGGUGAUUCUGGUGCGAGUGCUCAGAAAGGCUCUUCUCUGUCUAUUUCUUCUCGACAAGGUGCGGCUGCUGCUGCUCCUGCGGGUGAUGAGGGUAUUGCGGAGCUGGAGAGGUCUAUGUCUGCGUUGCGGUUUGUUCCGGCUAGUGUGGCGAGGAGUCGGGGGAAGCAGAAGUCUUGAUGUCCUUUUUGAAUGGGUGGGGUUGAGAGUAUCUGAAUUGGGUGACAUUGGGUUUGAUUUGGUGAAAAGUAGUGGGCUACGACUACUAGGGGUGG